AUGGGCAAGGGGUAUUACUCCUUCAAUUUUGCUUCGGAGGCUGCACGUUCUAUGGUCUGGGAAAUGGGAUCAGUUGUUCUUAGACCAGGAGUGUUGCGGCUUGAACUCUGGGAGCCUCGUACUUUGUUUGAAAUUGCACAUGGCAUUGAGGUUCUUGUGAAUAUCGAUCAGAACACUUUGGACAGAAAAUUUGGGCUUUUCGUAAGGGUUCUAGUGGACAUUGAUUUAUCUUAUGAUCCUCCUCGUGAAUUAGCUGUUUGUCACAAGAAUGGGGAGACUGUGAUAAUUGAAGCUGAGUAUGAACGUCUUCCUGAUCUGUGUUCACAUUGUGGUAAUAUUGGGCAUAGGGUGACGGCUUGCAAGCUUGUGCAGAAGAAGGUGGGACUCAAGUUUAGUUGA